GGGAGGGAAUACAAAACAAUUUUUUUCAAUGAUGCUUCGUAACAAGAUGCCGCCUGACAUGGAGGACGUGCCGGUGCCCCCCACCUGCCGGGCGGACUCCCCUGCCGGGACAAGGUGCCAGGAAACGGCGGAGGAGGCGAGCUCUCCAACCUCCUCCUUCUCUUCCUCCACGGGGUGCAAUGCAAAGGACAUCUGCCAAGAUGCAGCGUUUGUUCCGACAGUCACCGCAAUUUCCUCCAGCCCAGAUUUCCAGUGGAUGGUCCAGCCUACAAUCAUCACAUCCGUCUCCUCGUCUCCGGGCAGCCAGCAAGCCAAUCAGGCGCUGCAGAGCUCUGACCAGGCGACACCCAAAGAGGGCAGGAGUAAGGGGAAAAAUGUGGCGAGGAAGGCAAAAGCAGAACAGCUUUCUCCAGAGGAGGAAGAGAAGAAGAGGAUACGGAGGGAGAGGAAUAAAAUGGCCGCGGCCAAGUGUCGCAACAGACGGAGGGAACUGACGGAUACACUGCAAGCUGAGACGGACACGCUGGAGGAGGAAAAAGCAUCCUUGGAGACAGAAAUAGCAAACCUCCUCAAAGAGAAGGAGCGACUGGAGUUGAUCCUCGUCGCGCAUAAACCGCUGUGCCAAAUGUCCGAGGACAUGGAGACCAUUUUGCGGGAGUCUACCGGAUCGCCGGGAGUCCCGUCCAGUCCGGAGGAGGACAGGCUUCUGGACGAUAGCACUCAGGAAGCUCCUUCGCUCCUCCAAGACAUGGACAUCCCGAGUGAUCCGGCCACAGCCAUCUCCGGGAAUUCCGACAUCCUCUUGUGCGCCAGCGCCGAGAUCCACAUGUGCGACCUGGAGCCCUCUCUGGACAUGAAGGAAGGGCUCAUCGACAACCUACUGCCCACUUUGGAGGACAAACCCCCCACGGAGACGGCCCGGUCCGUUCCGGACAUCGAUCUGAGCAGCUCCCUCGGGGUCUCUGACUGGGAGACCCUGUACAAGUCAGUUUCUAAUGACCUGGAGCCUCUCAGUACCCCCGUGGUGACCUCCACACCCACCUGCAGCAGCUACCUGUCCGUCUUCACCUUCGCCUGCCCCGAGCUGGACUUGCUCACGGAGGGUCUGGACAGCCAUAAAGGGGGAGGAGGAGGUAAAGCAGAAUCUGUUGACCUCCUCAACUCUCCAACUCUGCUGGCCUUAUAGAAGGAAGGUCUGGUGGCAACCAUUUGCAGGUUCCGGACUUUAGCUUGAGGAUCCCACAUAACCAACAGAGUGAUGUAGCAUGGCUUUUAUUUUGACAGCUCUCCAUUUAAAUGCAUGCAUUUUCAAACCUAAA